AUGGAGUGCUUAUAUGUACCCAUACAGACACAGUUCAAACCUGAGUGGCUGCGCGUGCCUUUCCUUGGGCGUCAACCAGAGAGACUCCGCUCAAGAGAACUCUACUCGGCUGAUCGAGAAGUGAAGGCAGAGAUGACGAUGAGUAUCCUCGCUGAUUGGAUGCCUUUGGCCCCACUCACGGACGAAGAAAUAUAUGGCACAGGAGUCAGUAUCAAAGAAGAGCUCAACGAAGAAAUUUCCGAGGAUACUUGUAUUGAAAUUAAAGAAGAACCAUUUGAUUUUGCAGAUAAAGAGAUAGAUGAGGUAAAUGACGAGAAACUGAAACAUAAAUAUCUCUACUUUCAUAAUCUCGAUGAACUAAGACAUGAAUCUAAUACAAAGAACACGUGUAAGUUGGUUCAGGAUCGUAAUGGCAUGUUGUUAAGAGCGACAUUUAUGACUGAGAAUUCUCUGAAUAAGAUUUCAUCAGAUGGGGAUCAGGCGAUGCAUAAGGAAAAUCUUAAGCAGGAUACACAACCAAAAGUGGAGGCUACAUUGAAACGUUUUGCAUGCGAAGUAUAUGGCAAGAAAUUCUCACAAAAGAGAAAUUUCAACAUUAUUAUGAGAGUUCACACGAAGGAGAAACCAUUCAGCUGUGAGAUUUGCAGCAAGACCUUCUAUCAGAAACAUAAACUAAUAAACCAUAUGAGAGUACAUACAAAGGAGAAGCCGUUCAGCUGUGAGACUUGCAGCAAGGCCUUCUCUGAAAAAGGUAGUCUAGUAAGACACAUGAGAGUACAUACAAAGGAGAAGCCAUUCAGCUGUGAAAUUUGCAGCAAGGCCUUCUCUGAGAAAGUACAUACAAGGGAUAAGCCAUUCAGCUGUGAAACUUGCAGCAAGGCCUUCUCUGAGAAAGGUACUCUAGUAAGGCACAUGAGAGUCCAUAUAAAGGAGAAGCCAUUCAGCUGUGAGAUUUGCAACAAGGCUGUCUCUGUGAAAGGCUAUCUAGCAAGGCACAUAAGAGUACAUAAAAAGGAGAAAUCAUUCAGGUCUGAGAUUUGCACCAAGGCCUUCUCUGAGACCGGUAAUCUAGAAGGCAUAUCAGAGUGCAUACAAAAGAGAAGCCAUAUAGCUGUCAUACGAGAGAUGACGAGUAUCCUCGCCGACUGGAUGCCUUUGGCCCCACUCACGGACGAGGAAAUUUAUGGCACAGGAGUCAGUAUCAAAGAAGAGCUCAGCGAAGAUAUUUCCGAGGAUACUUAUAUUGAAAUUAAGGAAGAACAAUUUGAUUACGCAGGUAAAGAGAGAGAUGAAGUGAGUGAAGAGAAAGUGAAAUAUGAAUCUCUUCUCUUUCAUAAUCUUCUUGAACUAAGACAUGAAGGAAAUGCAAAGAACAUGUAUAAUUUGGUUCAGGAUCGCAAAGGCUCGUUGUUAAGAACACCAUUUGUUUUUGAGAAUUGUCUGAAUAAGAAUUCAUCAAAUGGCGAUCAGGUGAUGCAUAAGGAAAGUCUUAAGCAGAGUACACAACCAAAAGUGGAAGCCAAAUUGAAAAGAUUUGUAUGUGAGGUAUGUGGCAAGAAAUUUCCUCAUAAGAGAUAUAUCAACAUUCAUAUGAGAGUUCACACAAAAGAGAAGCCAUUCAGCUGUGAGAUUUGCAACAAGGCUUUAUCUAAGAAAGGUACUCUAGUACAGCACAUGAGAGUACAUACAAAAGAGAAGCCAUUCAGUUGUGAGAUUUGCAGCAAGGCCUUCUCUGAUAAAGGUACUCUAGUAAAGCAACUGAGAGUGCAUACAAAGGAAAAACCAUACAGCUGUGAGAUUUGCAGGAAUACCUUCUCUCAGAAAGGCAGUCUAGAAAGGCACAUGGAAGUCCAUACAAAGGAGAAGCCAUUCAGUUGUGAGAUUUGCAGCAAGGCCUUCUCUGUGAAAGAUACUCUAAUAAAGCACAUAAGAUAUGUUAGAGAAGUAAAUAUAGACGAGAUCUUUACUAGAC